AUGGCUCCCGACUCGAAGCCCACAAAGAAGGAUCCUCGGGCCUGGGAUGCCCUCACGCCGCCACUGGCCGACUGGAUCCUCGACGCCCUCUCCAGCUGGGGGUUCGCCCGGGCGACGCCUGUCCAAGCCUCGGUCAUCAACAUUUUCGGCUCACACAAGGACGUGGUGGUCGAGGCUGUCACCGGCAGCGGCAAGACCCUGGCGUUCCUGAUCCCCCUCAUCCAGCGAAUCCUCCGUGCCGACGGCCCGACGAAACGCCACCACAUUGCAGUCAUUGUCGUCUCCCCGACACGAGAACUCGCGACACAGAUACACACCGUCCUCACGUCCUUGCUAAAGUUCCACGCCGCGUCCGCCGAGAUCCUGCCUCUCCUCGACGAGGAGGACAAGCGGCCAGUCACCACGGACCCGGUCGUCGUCCCGCAGCUCCUGGUGGGCGGCUCGCAUACCGUACAACAAGACAUCAGCUUCUUCCUCCGACACAGCCCGAAUUUCAUCGUCGCGACACCCGGCCGCCUCGUCGAGCUCCUGUCAUCACCACAUGUCCACACCCCCAGCAGCACCUUUGAGGCCCUCGUCCUCGACGAGGCCGACCGCCUGCUCGACCUCGGCUUCAAGCCCGACCUGCAAAAGAUCCUCGGCCACCUCCCGAAGCAGCGGCGGACGGGCCUCUUCUCGGCCAGCGUGAGCGAAGCCGUCGGCGAGAUCAUCCGCGUGGGGCUGCGCAACCCCGUCAAGAUCGCCGUCAAGGUCAAGACGCUGAAGGGCGACGUGAUCGAGGAGCGCAAGACGCCGGCCUCGCUCAAGAUGACCUACCUCAUCACGCAGCCGGACCACAAGCUCCCCGCGCUCGCCCAGCUGCUCGAGAAGCUCGACCCCCGGCCGCAGAAGAGCAUCAUCUUCCUCUCCACGUGCUCGGCGGUGGACUACUUCCAGCACGUCCUGCCCGCGGUCCUGCCGGAGGGGUUCGACCUGGUGCCCCUGCACGGCCGGCACGCCGCGCACGUCCGCGAGAAGAACACGGCGCGGUUCAUGAAGUCGACGCGGCCCACGAUCCUGCUCACCACGGACGUCGCCUCGCGGGGGCUCGACUUCCCCCAGGUCGACCUCGUCGUCCAGCUCGACCCUCCCUCGGACCCAAAGGCAUUCAUCCAUCGCGCCGGGCGCGCCGGGCGCGCCGGCCGGAAAGGUUUGUCAGUCAUCUUCCUGCACCCGGGCAGGGAGGAGGACUACAUCCCCUUCCUGGACGUGCGCAAGACCCCCGUCGUCCCGCUCGAGCAUCCAGAAAUCGACCUCCCGGACUCUUCCACACCUCCCACAUCCUCCACGAUCACCACCACAUCUCCCGAACAAAUAUCCUCCCUCAUCCGCGCCACCGUCAAGACGGACCGCGCCCUCCACGACAAGGCGCAAAAGGCCUUUGUCUCCUGGCUGCGGUCCUACUCAAAACACACGGCGUCAUCCAUCUUCCGCGUCGCCGACCUGGACUGGACCCGCCUCGGCCACGGGUGGGGCCUGCUCAAGCUGCCCAAGAUGCCCGAGCUCAAGCGGCACGGCUUUGCGGGGGACAAGUUCCUCGGCGUCAACGACGUGGACUGGGAGAACUACGGGUACGCCAACAAGCAGCGCGAGGCCCAGCGCAUCGAGGCGAUGCGCCUGGCCAAGGACCCGGAGCACGUGGCCGCCCGGGAGGAGAAGGCCGCGCAGGAGCGGGCCAAGCGGAAGCGCAACGCCGAGGCGUGGAGCGGCAAGCACGCCGCCGAGGACGUGCGCACGGGCCGCAGGGAGAAGAAGCAGAAGCGCCGCGACGCCGAGCGCAAGGAGAACAUGACGGAGCAGGAAAAAGUCGAGGAGAUGGACCUCCAGAGGUUGCUGGCGCAGGUGCGGGCCAAGAAUGCGGAGAAGGCGGCACGGGAGAGGGCAGAGGCUAAAGCUGCGGCUGCUGCUGGUGGCGGCCGGGGAGGUGGUGAUGAUGCGUUUGAAGGGUUUGAUUAG